AUGUCCAAGGAUUCUUAUGCAUUAUGUCGCGUGUUCAAGAAAUCAAUACAAGUUUCUAAAACAACAGAACAAGGAAAUAAUAAUGAAUUGCAGAAGGAAACAAUGGCUGGGGUCUCUGAUGAGCUAAUGUUAGGAGAUGACACAAGUGGGAUUGAAAGUUCCCACGGAAGAGAAGCCGAAGAUGAGAAUUUCAAUUACUCUAAUAAUAAAUUGCCAUCUGAUACUUCUUCUUCAGAUUUCACUAGAGGAACUCCCACUGAAACUGUCGGCACAACUGAUGAGUUACAAGCUCCAUUUGUCUCUGACGAAGCCAACAGUGCAGCUAAUAUGUAUUCACUUGGCGUCGACUUCUCUUCCAAUCUAAUUCAGGAAAUGCAAAUGCCGAAUAUGUAUGCAGAAGACCUUCAAUAUCCGUGCCCUUACCCACCAUUAGAAGUAGAAGACUUCCCACAAAUAAACAUAGCGGAGACAAAGCCAUCAAAGCUUGAGAAUUUGGAAGAGAGCUUGAUACACGAUAAAUAUUGUAGGGAUUACAUGAAUGGGACACUGGAAGAGAUUUUCUAUUUGUGUGCUUCUCAAGACAAUUCCAUGGCCCUCCCCAUGCAAGAAUGAAUAAUCAUCACAUUACUAACAAAUUAAAUGAUAUAGCUUUUAUACUUGUUUUUCUUAAUGUCUCAUACAUAAACAUAUAUGUAUGCUACUUAAAUUUAUACUUAGAAUAUAUUGACGAAACAAAUUUAAGGUUA